GCGGCGGGCGCCGCGCGGCUAUGUGGCCAGCCGGCCUGCGGGUAAACAGGGAGCAGCAGUGGCCUCGGCCGCCCGGCCCGGGGCGUUGAGCACACCCGCCGAGACCCGCACCCGUGGCCAUGGCCGAAGUGCGCAAAUUCACCAAGCGGCUCAGCAAGCCCGGCACGGCGGCCGAGCUUCGGCAGAGCGUGUCGGAGGCCGUGCGCGGCUCCGUGGUGCUGGAGAAGACCAAAGUUGUUGAGCCCUUGGACUAUGAGAAUGUUAUCAUCCAAAGAAAAACCCAGAUUUACAGUGACCCUCUCAGAGACCUGCUUAUGUUUCCAAUGGAAGACAUAUCCAUCUCGGUGAUAAGUCGUCAGCGCAGAACAGUGCAGUCCACUGUCCCAGAAGAUGCCGAGAAAAGGGCUCAGAGUUUGUUUGUCAAAGAGAUUUCUCUUUUCUUUCAGUGUAUUAAAACCUACAACACAGAUUGGCAUGUGGUAAACUACAAGUAUGAAGACUUCUCUGGAGACUUUCGAAUGUUGCCAUGCAAAUCCAUGAGACCAGAAAAGAUUCCAAAUCAUGUAUUUGAAAUUGAUGAGGAUUGUGAAAAAGAUGAGGAUUCAUCUUCUUUGUGUUCUCAGAAGGGUGGUGUGAUAAAACAAGGCUGGUUGUACAAAGCAAAUGUAAAUAGCACCAUCACGGUCACCAUGAAGGUAUUCAAGAGACGGUAUUUUUAUUUAACUCAACUUCCUGAUGGUUCAUAUAUUCUCAAUUCCUAUAAAGAUGAAAAAAAUUCAAAAGAACCUAAAACUUGCAUCUACUUGGACGCCUGCAUUGAUGUUGUUCAGUGCCCCAAAAUGCGCCGUCAUGCUUUUGAACUCAAGAUGUUAGAUAAGUAUAGCCAUUAUCUGGCCGCUGAAACUGAACAGGAGAUGGAAGAAUGGUUGAUAACUUUGAAAAAGAUUAUCCAGAUCAAUACCGACAGUUUAGUGCAAGAGAAAAAGGAGACAGUAGAAACAGCACAAGAUGAUGAAACUAGCAGCCAAGGCAAAGCCGAGAGCAUCAUGGCCAGUUUGGAAAGGAGCAUGCAUCCGGAACUGAUGAAGUAUGGAAGAGAAACAGAGCAACUAAACAAACUCAGUAGAGGAGAUGGAAGACAGAACCUCUUUUCUUUUGAUUCGGAAGUUCAGAGAUUGGACUUUUCAGGAAUUGAACCUGAUAUAAAGCCAUUUGAAGAAAAGUAUAAUAAACGUUUCCUGGUGAAUUGCCAUGAUUUAACUUUUAACAUCUUGGGUCAAGUUGGAGACAAUGUAAAAGGACCGCCCACAAAUGUUGAACCCUUUUUUAUCAAUCUUGCCUUAUUUGAUGUGAGGAACAAUUGUAAGAUUUCAGCUGACUUCCACAUAGAUUUGAAUCCCCCUUCUGUUCGUGAAAUGCUGUGGAGUACUUCAACCCAACUAGCCAGUGAUGGAAAUGCAAAAAGCUCUUCACCGGAGUCUUUCAUUCAUGGAAUUGCUGAGUCUCAGUUACGCUAUGUAAAGCAGGGAAUUUUCUCAGUGACGAUUCCACAUCCUGAAAUUCUUCUGGUUGCUCGAAUUGAGAAGGUGCUCCAGGGCAACAUAGCACACUGUGCAGAGCCUUACAUAAAAAAUUCAGACCCAGCAAAGACGGCCCAGAAGGUACAUAGGACAGCCAAGCAAGUGUGCAGCCGCCUCGGACAAUACAGAAUGCCCUUUGCCUGGGCUGCCAGACCUAUUUUCAAAGACACUCAAGGCUCUCUGGACCUGGAUGGGAGAUUUUCUCCUUUGUAUAAACAAGACAGUAGUAAGCUUUCAAAUGAGGACAUUCUCAAGUUGCUCUCAGAGUACAAGAAGCCAGAGAAGACCAAAUUGCAGAUUAUUCCUGGGCAGCUAAACAUCACAGUAGAAUGUGUUCCUGUGGAUUUAUCAAAUUGUAUUACUUCUUCAUAUGUGCCCCUGAAGCCUUUCGAAAAAAAUUGUCAAAAUAUUACUGUGGAGGUUGAAGAAUUUGUUCCAGAAGUGACAAAAUAUUGUUAUCCAUUUACCAUUUACAAAAACCAUCUGUAUGUAUAUCCCUUGCAAUUAAAGUAUGAUGGCCAGAAAACAUUUGCCAAGGCAAGGAACAUUGCGGUCUGUGUGGAAUUCCGGGAUUCAGAUGAAAGCGAUGCCAGAGCUUUAAAGUGUAUUUAUGGAAAACCUGCAGGGUCUGUUUUUACCACAAAUGCUUAUGCUGUUGUUUCACAUCACAACCAAAAUCCAGAGUUCUAUGAUGAGAUUAAAAUUGAGCUUCCUAUUCACCUACAUCAAAAACAUCAUUUGCUUUUCACUUUUUAUCAUGUAAGUUGUGAAAUUAAUACAAAGGGAACAACCAAAAAGCAGGACACAGUUGAAACUCCAGUUGGCUUUGCCUGGGUACCUUUGCUGAAGGAUGGUAGAAUCAUCACAUUUGAGCAGCAGCUGCCAGUUUCCGCCAAUCUUCCCCCGGGCUAUUUGAACCUGAACGAUGCAGAAUCGAGAAGGCAAUCUAAUGUGGACAUUAAGUGGGUAGAUGGUGCAAAGCCUUUGUUGAAGAUUAAAAGCCACUUAGAGUCUACCAUUUACAGUCAAGAUCUACAUGUGCACAAAUUCUUCCAUCAUUGCCAGCUGAUUCAGUCAGGCUCGAAAGAAGUUCCAGGGGAGCUCGUUAAAUAUUUAAAGUGUUUGCAUGUCAUGGAGAUCCCAGUCAUGAUACAGUUUCUACCUGUAAUUCUUAUGCAACUCUUCCGAGUUCUCACAAACAUGACCCAUGAAGAUGAUGUGCCCAUCAACUGCACCAUGGUUCUUUUACAUAUCGUCUCACAGUGUCAUGAAGAAGGCUUGGAUAAUUAUUUAAGAUCCUUCAUAAAGUAUAACUUCCGACCUGAAAAACCGAGUGCUCCUCAGGCCCAGCUAACACAUGAAAUUCUGGCUACUACAAUGAUAGCAAUUUUGAAACAAUCUGCAGACUUUUUAGCAAUAAACAAACUGUUAAAGUACUCAUGGUUUUUCUUUGAAAUCAUUGCAAAGUCUAUGGCUAUAUAUUUGUUGGAAGAAAAUAAAAUUAAGCUUCCCAGAGGCCAGAGGUUUCCUGAGGCAUAUCAUCAUGUCUUACAUUCUUUGCUUCUUGCAAUAAUUCCCCAUGUGACUAUUCGCUAUGCAGAGAUUCCUGAUGAGUCCAGAAAUGUCAAUUAUAGUUUGGCUAGCUUCCUGAAGCGCUGUCUGACACUAAUGGAUAGAGGAUUUAUUUUCAAUUUGAUAAAUGACUAUAUAUCUGGAUUCAGCCCCAAAGAUCCUAAGGUGUUGGCUGAAUACAAGUUUGAAUUCCUGCAAACAAUUUGCAACCAUGAACAUUACAUUCCUCUGAAUUUGCCAAUGGCAUUUGCAAAACCUAAACUUCAGCGAGUUCAAGAUUUUUUUUCAUUUGCGGUGGACCGUUUGACUUCAGUAGAUUCAAACCUUGAAUACAGUUUAUCAGAUGAGUAUUGCAAGCAUCAUUUCUUGGUUGGUCUGCUUCUGAGGGAAACCUCCAUUGCUCUUCAAGACAAUUAUGAGAUCAGAUAUACAGCUAUCUCUGUCAUAAAGAAUCUUUUGAUAAAGCAUGCAUUUGAUACUAGAUACCAGCACAAGAACCAACAAGCCAAAAUAGCACAAUUAUACCUCCCAUUUGUUGGACUGCUUUUGGAAAAUAUACAGCGAUUUGCAGGUCGAGAUACCUUGUAUUCUUGUGCAGCCAUGCCUAAUUCUGCAUCCAGGGAUGAAUUUGCAUGUGGCUUCACUUCACCUGCAAAUAGAGGGAGUCUGAGCACUGACAAAGAUACCGCUUAUGGGUCUUUUCAAAAUGGACAUGGACUUAAAAGAGAAGACUCAAGAGGUUCCCUCAUCCCAGAAGGAGCAACAGGAUUUCCAGAUCAGGGCAACACUGGCGAAAAUACCCGGCAGAGUUCUACGAGGAGCAGUGUAUCAUCCCAGUAUAACCGAUUGGAUCAAUAUGAAAUCAGAAGCCUCUUGAUGUGCUAUCUGUAUAUCGUAAAAAUGAUUUCUGAAGAUACUCUCUUAACUUACUGGAAUAAAGUAUCUCCUCAGGAGCUCAUAAACAUUCUCAUACUUUUAGAAGUAUGUUUGUUUCACUUUAGAUACAUGGGAAAAAGAAACAUAGCAAGGAUACAGGAUGCCUGGCUGUCAAAACACUUUGGAGUAGACCGAAAAUCUCAAACCAUGCCAGCUCUUCGAAACAGAUCAGGAGUAAUGCAGGCCCGGCUUCAGCAUCUCAGUAGCCUGGAAAGUUCAUUUACACUUAAUCACAGUUCUACAACAACUGAAGCAGACAUUUUCCAUCAGGCACUUCUAGAAGGCAAUACUGCUACUGAAGUUUCUUUAACCGUGUUAGAUACCAUAUCAUUUUUUACCCAGUGUUUCAAGAGUCAACUUUUAAAUAAUGAUGGCCACAACCCAUUAAUGAAAAAAGUAUUUGAUAUUCAUCUUGCUUUUCUUAAAAAUGGACAAUCUGAGGUAUCGCUGAAACAUGUAUUUGCUUCAUUGAGAGCUUUCAUCAGUAAGUUUCCCUCGGCCUUUUUCAAAGGAAGGGUAAACAUGUGUGCUGCAUUUUGCUAUGAGGUUUUAAAGUGCUGCACCUCGAAGAUUAGCUCAACCAGGAAUGAAGCAUCUGCACUUUUGUAUCUUCUGAUGAGAAACAACUUUGAAUACACCAAGAGGAAAACCUUUCUGAGGACACAUCUGCAGAUAAUAAUUGCUGUAAGUCAGCUGAUAGCUGAUGUAGCACUAAGCGGAGGAUCAAGAUUCCAGGAGUCUUUAUUCAUUAUCAAUAAUUUUGCUAACAGUGACAGACCUAUGAAGGCAACUGCUUUUCCCACAGAAGUCAAAGAUUUGACCAAGAGAAUUCGUACUGUUCUUAUGGCCACUGCUCAAAUGAAGGAACAUGAGAAAGAUCCUGAAAUGCUAAUUGAUCUCCAGUAUAGCUUAGCCAAGUCCUAUGCAAGCACCCCAGAGCUCAGGAAAACUUGGCUUGAUAGCAUGGCCAAGAUCCAUGUAAAAAAUGGAGAUUUUUCAGAGGCAGCAAUGUGUUAUGUCCAUGUAGCAGCCUUGGUUGCAGAGUUUCUUCAUCGAAAAAAAUUAUUCCCUAAUGGAUGUGCAGCCUUCAAGAAAAUUACUCCCAAUAUAGAUGAAGAAGGAGCAAUGAAAGAAGAUGCUGGAAUGAUGGAUGUCCAUUAUACUGAAGAAGUUUUGCUGGAGUUGCUAGAACAAUGUGUGGAUGGCUUAUGGAAAGCAGAACGUUAUGAAGUAAUUUCUGAGAUUUCCAAGCUGAUCAUUCCAAUUUAUGAGAAACGCCGUGAAUUUGAGAAACUAACUCAAGUUUAUAGAACUCUUCAUGGAGCUUACACAAAAAUUCUGGAGGUUAUGCACACAAAAAAAAGACUUUUAGGCACUUUCUUCAGAGUUGCUUUUUAUGGCCAAUCAUUUUUUGAAGAAGAAGAUGGAAAGGAGUACAUCUACAAAGAGCCAAAGCUUACUGGCCUCUCAGAGAUUUCCUUGAGACUUGUUAAACUUUAUGGUGAAAAAUUUGGUACAGAGAAUGUGAAAAUAAUUCAGGAUUCAGACAAGGUAAAUGCCAAAGAGCUUGAUCCAAAAUAUGCUCAUAUCCAAGUCACUUACGUGAAGCCUUACUUUGAUGACAAAGAACUCACAGAAAGAAAGACCGAGUUUGAAAGAAACCAUAAUAUCAACAAAUUUGUUUUUGAGGCUCCUUAUACAUUAUCUGGCAAAAAGCAAGGCUGCAUAGAAGAACAGUGCAAACGUCGUACAAUCCUGACUACUUCAAACUCGUUUCCAUAUGUUAAGAAGAGGAUCCCUAUAAACUAUGAACAGCAGAUUAACUUAAAGCCAAUUGAUGUUGCUACUGAUGAAAUAAAAGAUAAAACUGCAGAGCUGCAAAAACUUUGCUCUUCUGCUGAUGUGGACAUGAUUCAGCUCCAACUGAAAUUGCAGGGCUGUGUUUCAGUGCAGGUAAAUGCUGGUCCAUUAGCAUAUGCAAGAGCUUUCUUAAAUGACAGCCAAGCUAGCAAGUAUCCAUCUAAGAAAGUCAGCGAGUUGAAAGAUAUGUUUAGGAAAUUCAUACAAGCAUGCAGUAUUGCACUUGAACUAAAUGAGCGGCUAAUUAAAGAGGAUCAAAUAGAAUACCAUGAAGGCCUAAAGUCAAAUUUCAGAGAAAUGGUGAAAGAAUUGUCUGACAUUAUCCACGAGCAGCUUUGAAGACUUAAGUUGAUAAUACAAGAAGACACAAUGCAUUCUCCCUGGAUGAACGACACAUUACAUGUAUUUUGUGCAAUUAGUGGUACAUCGAGUGACAGAAGUUAUGGUUCCCCAAGAUAUGCCGCUGAAAUAUGAGGAUCCACAGAUGUAAAGUGAGAACGAGACUGACCUUUCUCAGGAAUAUUUGGAGCUGUGCAAAUGUUAAAAUUUAACGACUUGAUAUACAUGGAGUGUUCCCUUCUGACACCAAAAUUUUCAUGCUUUCAAACAGGGUGCUUACAUAUUUGUAAAUAUUUAAGCAACGUGGAAGUGCCUGGAAAAUUGCACCCCUGUGCUUAGUUUGUACUUUUUUAGGUAAAUCUAUAUACUGAGAAAUAGAGCUCAAAAAACAUUAAUCCAAAUUGCUUAAUUAUUGCUUAAAAUAAUAAUGGUACUAUGUAAAAUUGUAUAACAGAACACAAUAAAAGGUAAAACUUAUUUGUAA